AUGGGUACAGCCCAAGUCACAAAGCAUGUAACUCGGCAUUUUACCACCACGGUCACAGCUACCGUCUACACAACAUCUACCCAGGACAUUACAAGCACUAGUACUAUGCAACUCACAGAAGAAGCUCCAACUACUAUCACUGUUACUCGCACAGAGGACGCUGCUACAACGACAGUGUCAUUCGAAUAUACCUGUGGUGCUAGAGGCAUUUGGAAGUCUGAGGGUAUUGCUCAGCAAAUUCUCCUAUUCAACCGAUUCAGCUUCAGCUCAUGCAAGGAAUUUUGUUCAACCAAGCUUGGAGCUCUUAGCUUUGUCUAUUCAAAUUCGAUGCCCCAAGCCUACUCAAUGUGUUUAUGCUUUGGUGUACUGUCGUAUGUCAAUAUGAACCGGGGUUCCAAUUCCCAGUUUAUCUUUUUCGAUAUGGCUUGUCCUGCAGAAACAAAGCCUCUCAAACGAGUCGCGCAGGUCAACAAAAGAAUCCCUGCAUACAUACCGCUCAAGGGUGCUAGCGACGUGAGCAGGGCUUGUUCAUGCCAUAUUACCAACAAACCAGCUGCUCCAGCUACUUCAGUAGUGAAAGCCCUCAAGUUCAAGGCGGUCACGGUAACGAGCCAUACAAAGGUUUAUAACAAGAGAAGGAAAUAUAUAACCACAACAUUUCGCAGGUCCGUUGGUUUAACCUACUUCAAGACUACAACAAAGACAGGCUACAACACUGUAACUGUGACGGACCGUCAUAGUGCUACCAUCACUCAGCCUGCUACUAUCACUGUUACCCAUGUCAAGACAGUGACUGUUACGAACGUCCUCAGUGUCCAUGUUACAAACCACAACACUAUCUACACCACCAACAUCAAGACUGCCUUGGAGACCGAUCUACAAACUGAAAUCGUCACUGAAGUGGAUUAUUAUACCGUCUCCGAAUACGACACAAUUCCUGUAACCAUUACCAAGGCUGAAGUAAUAGAACCGCCGCUGGUGACUGUUCAUGUGGCAACCACAACUAUUUAUGGGUAG